AUGGAAGAAGAGGUGAAUUACAAAUCACUGUAUGAAGAAAAAUAUGAAGAGCUAGAAUCUUUCAAAAAAGACUUCGAAGAAUACCAAGGUGUUUUAUAAAUAGAAAGCAAUAAACGCUUUGAAUUAGAAGUCGAAGAAGAAUUAGAGCAGCUGAUGGUAUCUAAGCUUGAACUCGAAAGAGAAAAGAAAACUUUGCAAGAAAAGCUUGAAAAAUCGAAAGCAUCUUUAAUGAAAAAAUCCAAAGAGCUUGAAUUUCUAUCACAACGGCUUAAAACAACAUCCUCUUCUUCAUCUGGAGAAAUUGAAGCUCUCAAGCAGAGACUAAAAGAAGUGGAAACAGAAAAUGAGGCCUUAAAAACUCGAGUCAGAGAAAAAGACCAAAAUAUUGGUGACUUAACAAAAUUUUAUCACAAAACACUAGAAGAAUUGGCAUUAGCUGGAUCAGAGCUUGAGCGUUUUAGAAGCAGAAAAGAUGAAGAAUCACAGCGACUAAAAGACCAUGUUAACGAGCUUACCCAAGAGCUACAAAUUAUUAAAAGACCUAGUCCUCAAAUUCCAGAGCUGGAGCAGCCUCCUCCAGAAAAAGAUUUCAAAAUAAAAUUUGACAUAAAUACCCAGAACAAAGAUCCACUUGAUAUGAUAGAUUCGCUAAUUUCAACAAUUGCAAACAGCUUACUCCUCCCUCUUUUUAAAUUGUAACAUAAUAUCGGUAAAAUUCCAUUUUUCGAUACUUUAAUCCCACAAAAUAUGAACAAUCUUUUUUCAAUAUAAAAAUUUAUAGGGAUAAAUUAUCUUUUAUAAAAUUAAGUUUGAUCUAAUUUAAUGAAAAAAGUGCGAUUAUAAUAUUAUUUAAGCAGUUUUCACUCUGAAUAGAUUAAUUUUGAAUUAAUUCUUAUAAAAAUAAUUUAAUUGCGCUCAAUAUUUUUUCAUUUAUAAAAUUUAAUAUAAUUAAAAAGUUCAAAAAAAUAAAUUAAUCCCUCAUGCAUUGGACACGAUUUUUGUUAAAUUUAAAGGGGAGGAUGAUUUAGAUGAAUAUAAGUCUUCAUAUAAGCUGAAGUAA